AUGUCCAACUCUGAACAAGGCGCUACUGCGCAUGCGCCCACCAAUGGCGAUACUGUGUCCGAUGCGAACAUACAGACAUCAGUCGAAUCAGCCCCCGUGAACGCCCAGGCCGAGCCUACUUCAACCGCGAAGCCAAUUGACCUUCAGUUACCGACCUCCGCCGCAGACGGUCUCAUUCAGAAGCCUUUCGGUAAGCCGCUGGACAUAGCCAAGCCAACAGCACCCGCGGAGCUUACUCCGGAACAACAAUCCAAGUACGAGGCCGUGUUGAAGUCUGCUUCAUCGUGGACCACAGUCGCUACCAAGGCCGAGAAGAAUGCCCCGACGUCUCCCAUAACCGAGGAUGAGAAGAUGUGGUUGACUCGCGACUGUCUCCUGCGCUACCUACGCGCGACCAAGUGGGAUGUCUCUGGGGCGGAGACACGGCUCCAGAGCACCCUCACAUGGCGCCGCGAGUACGACUUGAAGAAAUUGACACCUGAGUAUAUCUCAAUUGAGAAUGAAACGGGCAAGCAGGUCAUUUUAGGCUAUGAUAUCCACGGACGCCCAUGCCUGUAUCUCUUGCCCUCCAACCAGAACACGGAGAAGAGUGACCGCCAGCUCGAGCAUCUUGUCUUCAUGCUGGAGCGGGCCAUUGAUCUCACGGGACCUGGCCAGGAUACUCUUGCCCUAAUUGUCAACUUCAAAGAGACAAAAUCUGGCCAGAAUGCAAGCCUGGGCCAGGCCAAGCAGACGCUCGGCUUCUUGCAAAACCACUACCCUGAGAGACUUGGUCGGGCUCUGGUGAUCAACGUCCCCUUCGUCAUUUGGGGAUUCUUCAAGUUGAUCACACCCUUAAUUGACCCCAAUACUCGACAGAAGCUCAAGUUCAAUGAGGACCUGCGUCAACACGUCCCGCCUAGCCAACUUAUGAAGUCUGUGGGUGGUGAUGUCGAAUUCCGCUACGACCAUGCAUCUUACUGGCCUACUCUGAACCAGCUGGCUGACCAACGACGUGAGGCUUACCGUGAACGCUGGGUUCAGGGUGGUAAGCAGGUCGGCGAGUUCGAGAACUACCUGAAGGGCGAGAAUGUUCCCAGCCUGUCUCAGACCCAGGUUGAGGCCAAGGCCAGCGAACAAGCUUGA